UCUAUAAUUCAAUUAUUCCGGGGUUUUUCUUUCUGCAGAGAUGGGUAGGGGAGGGAAGUUGGUUCUUCGGCGCAGUAGAAAGAGAAGGGUUCUUUCUAAAGAAAAGGGUUCGGAUGAUUCAGACGAGGAUUACGUUUUGGGAGAAGAUGAAGAAAACGAGAUAUCUGAUAACUCCGGGUGUGCUUCCUUCUCUGCUGGAGAGGAGUUGGAGGAAACUUUUGAUUUCGAGGAGAUGAGUGGCUGCAGUCAAGAGGAAAAGGAGGAGAGAGAGCUUAAUGGGUUGAGACCCCGCAGGGUUCUUCGAGGUCAGAGGAAACAGAGCGUUAAACGUUCACGCAAACGAACAAGAGUUUCAGACGAUGAAGAAAUUGACUACGAGUAUGAUGACGAGGAAUUCAUACCUGAUGGGAUGGAUCGUGUAAAUGGAAGGCAAAGAGGGCUUGUUAGAUCAAAUCCAAUCAAGGGUUCUUACAAUAAUAUCAAACGUUCUAGGAAGAGAACCAGAGGUUCAGUCGACUUUGAUGAUGGAAGUGGCGAUUAUGAUGAUAAUGAUGACGAUGACGAGGAAUUCACUCCAGAUGGCAUUGAUUUUGUAGACGAUGAUGAAGAUUUUCUGGUCAGGGGAAGAAGUAACACAAGGAAAAGUAUUGUGCCGAAAAGGGUAUCUCUAAAAGGCCAGAAAAGGAAAAGGAAAUCUAUGGCUGCAAAGAAGCCAUUGAGAAAGAAGAGGAGAAGGACGACGAAAAGGGCGGUUUCGAGGCGGUUAGUAAGCUCUGAUGAUGACUUCUUAGCCGAGAAUAGGAUGGUAAAGGAAAAGAUUAAGAAGAAACCAGGGAGAAAAAAGAAGAGAUCCAUUACGUUUUCUGAUUCGGAUACUGAAUGCACUGGAUCUUCGGACUUUGAGUACACCAUCUCUGAGGAAGAGAGGGAGGUGCUCAUAGAAGCCAGUGUAUUUUGUGGGAACUUGACAACUUGCUUGAGGAGUUCGUCUUUGUCGAAGCGACUCCAUGUUGAUGGAACUUCAAACCAUCAUCAAAAGACAAGGCUGGGACAAAAGGGGAAAGAGAAGGUUGAAGAUUUUAAAAUUGAUGCAGGGAAACAAGUUUGUGGGAUCUGUUUGUCCGAAGAAGGAAAGGGGACAGUCCGGGGAACAUUAAACUGUUGUAAUCACUACUUCUGUUUCGUUUGCAUAUUAGAGUGGUCGAGAGUAGAAUCUCGUUGCCCACUGUGCAAACAGAGGUUUGCCACAAUUAGUAAACCUGCAAGGUCCAACUUAGGAAUUGAUCUAAGGAGCGUGGUCUUACGGGUCCCAAAACGUGAUCAGGUCUAUCGGCCAUCCGAAGAGGAAGUAAGGGGAUAUUUUGAUCCAUAUGAAAAUGUAGUUUGCUUGGAAUGUCAGCAAGGUGGAGACGAUAAUCUUAUGUUACUUUGUGAUAUCUGCGAUUCCCCUGCACAUAGCUAUUGUGUCGGUCUAGGACGGGAAGUGCCUGAAGGUAAUUGGUACUGUGAAGGUUGCAGGCCCGCUGAUCCUGGAUCUUCAAAUUCACUUGUUCAAGAUCCUGUAUUUAAUCAGACGACUGUAAGUAGCAACAUAACUGCUGGACUCUCUACCGGGGAAAUGAAUGUGGAAAGUUCUGACUGCACAGUGUCUGUACAAGGUCUCUCUGUUUCUCCAGGAGCUGGGUUUGUCCCAUCUCCCAGGCAUGCUUCAGGAGGAGAUUAUCAGGCUUCAUCUACUGUGACUGGAGCUGGGGCAUCAACUCUGUCAGGAAGACGUAGAAUACGGCUUCGGAUACAUAGCCUUCUUUCCAGCAAUAGGAUGAAUGAAGGAACUGAAAUGGCCAGCAGAACUGAUGGGGCUUCACAGUUUAAUUUUGGAAGUGAAUUUGAGCUGGGAAAGGACAGUGCUCCUCGUCCCACGCAAGAGGUGGAUGCCUUUGGUGCAAGUUUUGGGCAUUUAGGUAGAAAUAUCAAUGAAGGCCCCAGUACUGCCACAUUAAGUGUUUCUUCUUGUGGAGCAUUAUGUGCUGAGCAUACUGAAGUUAAUGCAGUAUCAGGUCUUGGGCAACUCCACCAGUGCAGCAGCACGCCAAUCAAUGGAACUGAUGCUAAUAUUUCUAUUAACAGAGAUAGCGAUGAAGCUACUUUUCACCAGGCAAAAGCUGCGGACGAACAGAAAGGGGCGAAACAACGGUUACAACCUAUCGUGAGACACCAUUUGAAAAGGUUGUCCCAACAUACACAAAUAGCUCACGGGACUUUCAAGGACAUUGCCAGGCGUUCCACUCACACUGUUUUAGCUGCUUGUGGGCUUGACCACAAUAGGAACAUGGCUAUCCCUGUUCAGCCACCAUCAAGAUGUCCCCAUAUUGAGAGACUAAGUGAACCAAUCAAUCAGAUGGAGAAUUGUUGCUCGUCUUGCUUCAAUUCCUUUAUAUGUGACGUGAAAACUGACUCCAUUUUCUAUAAAAGGAAAAGAAACUCAGAGAAAUUAUACUAUGGAACAAAAGUGUCCCUACUUGUUUGUUUCUUAAAUGUCCUCUUCCAUGGUUAUUCGUAA